GGCAGGACCAGUAGCACAGACAGUGGAAGCGGCAGUGCGGCAAAACCGCCCAAAUCAGGGUCAGACUCACUGGCCACGGCUUUCCCGACCAGGGCCAGGUAGCCGGCUCCUUCUGGUCGAUGCUGCACAGACGGGGCCUCUGCUGCGCUCGUGGCAAGCGAGUCCCGCAACCCUACUGAUUGCUCCAAUUAAAUUCGGCCGCGCCUUCUUCGGAGGCACGGCACAGCAUCCGAACUGCCCCUGGGAGGGGGAGCGAGGGGGAAGGCAAGAGGAGGAGGAGGAGGAGGAGGAGGAGGAGGAGGAGGGGUAGCAGCAUUGGUACCACUCCCUCCUCUGAGGGAGUGCGAAGAGCGGCGGGGGGCACGGCGACGCCCCCCCCGUGUGGUCGGAGCGCCUCCCUCUUCGAGGCGCAUCUGUGGCACCUCUGGCUGUAGGUGAGAGGGCCGCCUCGCAGCGACGUGCACGAAGGGUAGCGACAAGCACAUUGCGAGUGGUGGAACGCGCUCGGUUACAGAAUCCAGUGGGGCGCCACACUCGGCGGCUCCAAAGGGUGUGGUUUGCAGAGGGUGCGGUUUGCAACUGGCACCCUUCGGGGAUGGACAGACCCCCCUUUAGUAAAACGUGG